AUGGUUUCAAUUUCUCGAAAACUCGCUGGAUUCACAAUAAAUGGCGUCAAUACAAAUUGUAGAAGGGCGUACACGCUUCCGGACCCGACCUUUCAGGCUGAUCCCUUGGCUAGGUUUAAGGCGAUUGCAGUAAGCACAAAUGAGCGGCCACGAGUGCUGAUCACUGGCGCACUUGGUCAACUGGGUCGAGGUCUCAACUCUGUGUAUAGGUACAUGUAUGGAGACGAUUGUGUGGUAAUGACUGACAUCCUUAAAGCACCACGAAAUGCCUCAGAUAUCUGUGAUUCAACUCGAAACAAAAAGAAAAACAUUUUUUCAGACAACUACUUUUAUCUGGACAUUCUCAGUCAGCCGUGUAUCGAGCGUUUUGUGGUCGAUCAUAGAAUUGACACCAUCGUACAUUUUUCGGCAUUGCUUAGCGCUAUUGGAGAACAAAACGUCAAUCUAUCACUUCAAGUCAACUGCCGUGGAGUAGAGAACAUUCUUGAAGUAGCAAGAAAACAUCAACUGAAAGUGUUUAUCCCGUCAACGAUAGGCGCGUUUGGACCAACUACGCCUCGUGACAACGUUCCUGACUCUACCAUACAAGCUCCUACAACCAUUUAUGGAGUGUCAAAGGUAUAUGCCGAGCGACUUGGUGAAUACUACCAUCAUAAAUUUGGUGUGGAUUUUCGCUGUCUUCGCUUUCCAGGUAUAAUUUCAACAACGAAGCCAGGUGGAGGUACUACGGAUUAUGCUAUCGAGAUUUUCUAUGAAGCACUGAAAAGAGGUCGGUAUACAUGCUACCUUCGUCCGGACACAACAUUGCCGUUGAUGUAUGAUACUGAUUGUAUGGCGUCUGUUAUCCAGUUUCUGUCAGCUCCUUCUGAAUCGCUUACUCAUCGAACGUACAACGUCACAGGAUUCUCUUUCACUCCCGUUGAUAUUGCCAAUGCAAUAAAAAAGAUAAUACCGCACUUUGAAAUCGACUAUUCCAUUUGUAACGUACGACAAUGUAUCGCUGAUUCGUGGCCACGUUCCUUAGACGACUCAGAAGCGAAGAAGGAUUGGGGAUGGCGUGUAGAGUACGGGCUGGACGAAACCGUACAGGUGAUGCUGGCGCUGCUUCAACGCGAUGCCGAUAAGAUUGCGAAGGAGGACUUGAGCCCAAAGGGGGCUUUCGACACCAUCAAGGCACUUAAUAAGAGCUGA